AGGCCACGCCCACCAAGGGGCCUUUAAAAGGCGGCGCGUUGGGUCCUUGAGCUUCCCUCCGCGCCGCACACAACCCUGUUCUGAUCCCGGUCUCUUCACGCUUCACUCGCGCCGCGCUGCAGUGCUCAGGCCUCGGACUCAAGAUGCCCGUCUGGGGAGGCGGAAACAAGUGCGGGGCCUGCGGGCGGACCGUGUACCACGCUGAGGAGGUGCAGUGCGACGGGAGGAGCUUCCACCGAUGCUGCUUCUUGUGCAUGGUUUGCAGGAAGAACUUAGACAGCACCACCGUGGCGAUUCAUGACGAAGAAAUCUACUGCAAGUCCUGUUACGGAAAGAAGUACGGACCCAAAGGUUACGGCUAUGGCCAGGGCGCCGGCACGCUCAACAUGGACCGUGGAGAGAGGCUGGGCAUCAAGCCAGAGAGUGUGCAGCCUCACAGGCCUACGACAAGCCCAAACACGUCUAAAUUUGCUCAGAAAUUUGGUGGUGCUGAGAAGUGUUCCAGAUGUGGAGAUUCCGUAUAUGCGGCGGAGAAGAUCAUUGGAGCCGGGAAGCCCUGGCACAAAAACUGCUUCCGGUGUGCCAAGUGUGGGAAGAGUCUUGAGUCGACAACUUUGACCGAGAAAGAAGGUGAAAUCUAUUGUAAAGGAUGUUAUGCGAAGAACUUCGGGCCCAAGGGCUUUGGGUAUGGCCAAGGAGCAGGAGCCCUUGUGCACGCCCAGUGAGGCGGGUCUGGGCGUUGCACACUGAGGACGUCUGCACAGCCCAGGCACAGCGGACCUUGAGCACUGGCUGACCAGCAGGGAGGGGCCGCUCUGCCCUGCUUUUCUCCUCACCAUUCCCAACACCUUUAAUUUCCCAUCUUUCUUAAAUAAACUUCAGCUUUGA